AUGGCUGUUAAGCCUGUCAUGCCAACUGAGGGCACAGCUACAACUCUCAAUGAGAGCAGCGAAACAACGCCUUUCGCUCAACGACCCAUUAUAAUCCUUGGAGCAGGUAUCAUCGGCUGUGCUGCAGCUUACCAAUUACUCCAGAAUGGCUUUCAGGUUACCCUGGUAGGCGAGUAUCUACCGGGGGACAAGAGUAUAUUAUAUGCUUCGGCUUGGGCGGGAGCUGCAUGGCACGCUGCGGCCGGUCUGGACGGAGAUCAGAAGUAUAUUCAGGCUGUUACACAUCGAUAUCUAUUGAAGAUGGCUCUGGAUGACCCGUCAUCGGGAGUUUGUAUGGUUAAGGGGAAGGAGUAUGUUGAGCAGGCGCCGGGGAAAAAUUCAUCAGCAUGGGGGAAGACGGUGUUGAAUAAUUUCCACACACUCAAACCAGGCGAAUACCCCUCAAAUUUCGCCACCGCCUGGGAAUACGACUGCCUCGUAGUCGACCCAACCCUACACAUGCCCUGGAUCGGCGCCAAAGUCGAGGCUCUAGGUGGUCGAUUCGUGCGUCAAAGAGUCUCUUCCCUAGGGGACCUGUAUAACAUGUACCCUGAAUCAAGCAUCUUCAUUAAUGCUAGUGGUUGGGGUAGUAGGGAUUUAACUGAUGUUCUGGACCCGAAAUGCUUCCCGGACAGAGGACAGAAUGUGCUUUUGAAAAGUACAAAGUCUGACACGAUGUAUUUCCGGAACGGAAAGGAGUAUACGUAUAUCAUUCCGAGGCCGUUGUCGGGACAUCUUAUUUUGGGUGGUCAUAAUUCAAGGGAUAAUCUGAGCGGAGAACCAGACCUAGACGUCGCUCGAGACGAAAUUCGACGCGCCCAUAUCCUCGCCCCUGACCUUGUGCCCGCCGAACCCGCUGAGACAGACGUCAGCUAUAUAAUUGGUAUUCGACCCGCAAGAGACGGCGGAUUCCGACUCGAUUCACAAAAUAUUGGAAACAGGAUUGUGCUGUCGGCCUAUGGGUUUGCCGGGGGCGGUUAUGCGUUCAGUUAUGGCAUUGGAGAUGCCUUGGUUAAGAUGGUGCAGCAGGCGGAAUUCGAUAAUGUGAUAUUGCCGGAAUAA